UCUUAUCUCCAACACCAACAAUCUUCUGCUUGAAAAAGAUUAGAAAACAUAGUUUUAGGACCUUUGAAAAAUCCCAAAAAUGGCAUUCAACUUCAAAUUGAUAUCUGCAUUGAAGGGAACAACAAUGAUCGAAAUUCAAAGGAAGAAUUUUGUCAGCUCUGUGGCUGCUUUGAAUCGCAGGAGAGUCGUCGUUACUGGCGUUGGUGUGGUGUGCCCCCUAGGUGUUGGUAUUGAUGUGGUGUGGCCGAGGAUUCUUAGAGGCGAGAGUGGAAUCACGAAGAUCACAGGGGAUCAGUUCAAAGGCAUCCCUUGCCAAGUUGCUGGUUUUGUUCCAAAAGGCACUGGGGAAGGUGAAUUUGAUGCACUCCGAUAUGUUUCAUCAUCAGACCUUCGUAGCAUGAGCCAGGCAACCAUCUUUUCUCUUGCUGCUGCACAGGAAGCCCUUGCACAAGCAGGCUGGAAACCGGAGAGUGACGAAGAGAGGAACAAAACGGGUGUGGCCAUUGGGAUGGGCAUGGCAGAUUUACAAGAGAUUGUGGAUACUGGUCAGACUCUAAAAGAUAAGGGUUACAAGAAGAUUAGUCCAUAUUUUGUUCCAAAGAUUCUUCCAAAUCUUGCCGCUGGUCACAUCAGCAUUAAACACAAACUGAGAGGACCAAACCACUGUGUAUCUACGGCCUGUACUACAGGGGUUCACGCACUGGGGGAUGCAUCAAGGUUUAUUCGUUAUGGAGAUGCCGACGUCAUGGUGGCCGGUGCAACGGAGGCGUGUAUAUGUCCUGUAGGAUUGGCAGGUUUUGCUCGAGCGAGGGCGCUAAGCACAAAGUUCAACGAUUCACCUGAGAAAGCAUCGAGACCAUUUGACAAGGAGAGGGAUGGCUUUGUGAUGUCAGAAGGGGCUGCGGUAGUGGUCCUUGAAGAAAUGGAGCAUGCCAAGUCAAGAGGUGCUACAAUUCUAGCUGAAAUCCUUGGUUAUGGUCUCUCAGGUGAUGCAAGUCACAUGACAUCACCUAGUGAGAAUGGUGUUGGUGCCGAGCUGUGCAUGACAAGUGCCCUGCGUGAUGCUCAGAUGAGUCUGAAGGAUGUUACAUAUAUCAACGCACACGCCACAUCUACACCGACAGGAGAUGCCAUUGAGAACAUGGCAGUAAAGAAGCUUUUUGGUUGCCAUAGUGAUCAUCUUCCAGCGGUAUCCUCCACUAAGGGAGCAACAGGUCAUCUGCAAGGAGCAGCUGGAGCAUUAGAAGCUGUCUUUACCAUCAUGGCAUGUCAUACGGCGCAACUCCCACCUACGAUCAACCUAACUUCAAUGACCCCAGAGUUUGACCUCAACUAUGUCCCCCUCACCUCACAACCGUGGGAAACGACAGGGGUCGGGUCAACGCGACGGGUCGCCCUGACCAACUCAUUUGGGUUCGGUGGUACCAACGCCUGCCUGUGUAUAGGAAGUGUAUCGUGACAGGAGAUAUGUGAUCAUCCACUUCAAAACCUGAACUAAUGGGGCGUAAAAGGAACUUAAUGUUUGAUUACAAGUCAAGGAUGAGUCCAAGUAACUAGCAUCAUGGGAUGUUGUAAGAAAGAUGAGUCUCAACUGAAAACGAAACAAUUUCAAAUUUGAAUUUAAUCAAUUUGAGACGUAUGUUUGAUUGGAAUUGAAUGAAACUUUUGUGCGAUGCCUGUUACAUGCCCAAGCAGGUUCUCUGUAAAUUGGCAUAUUAUUCAUUUUGGGCUAUAAAUUCAAAAUUUAGACAACUAGCU